AUGGAUGAACAUUCGGAGAGUGCUCUUCACUACGGGCACGUUGGGAGAGCAAUAUACCUCCCGGAGACGCAAAGAUGGGUGUUCUCACGCUCGUUCGACCAGCGCGUCCCAAUCAAGUAUACUGGAGCAACCAAGACGACAGUUUCUUCGCGGAAGUCUAUUUCUCGACCUCGGAAUCGGUCCAAGCCCUUCCAAGUGGCAGGUCCCCAGCAACUUCCACGCGUGCUCCCCGAACUUGCCUCUCAAUGGUCGUCCUUUAAAGACGACACUUUUUCUCAAAUCAUACGCGAUGUCAGCAGUGUCUGCGACCCUCAAGUAGGCAAUUUGCUUGAUCUGGGAUAUGCAUCAUAUCAUGGCGUGGACGACACGAGAGGCCGAGUCCCCGUCGCCAUUGCGGCUGCCGUGACCGGAGAGUGUGGCAACGCGGUAUCCUUUCGAGUUCUAACUGACGAGGUGGCUGAGCUUCUAAUCGGAGACGCCACAUAUCGUGUCCCGUGUAUUGGAGAGGCAGAGGUUACGGAAUGGUCCAAGCGGGGCGCUCCUAUCCAGCAGAUUUGCUUUGCGAGACCCCUGGAAGAGAAAAGUACAUGGAUGGCUGCACGGCUACAACAGGCAACUACUAUCUUCAGACCGCUAUAUCAUCGCUAUCCAGUGCCGAUGCAUAUUCCGGACGACGAUACGACUAUGUUCUCCACCCCGCUACGAAACUCCCGGCUUGAUGCGAACCCUAUCAUUGAAAUUGAUCAAUCGCAGACCGGUGGAUUUCCACAUGCAGACGUGACUUUCAACCCUUGGUAUCCUCGACAGUUUGCGAUCGUGGACACUCAAGGCAACUGGAGUGUCUGGGAGAUAUCCGGUCGACAGCGGCGACGGAGAGCCACUUGGGCGGUGGCCCGUGCAAAACAAGGUGCAUUAGCGCGAAUAGAAGAGAAAUCCGACUCAAUACAACCUCGAUAUGAUGGGUGGGCAUGUAUUGAAUGGGUGGCCGACUUUUCGACCAUACUUGUGUCUGACCGACGAUGCCUCAUGCUCUAUCGACUCCUUGCGAGAGAAGCUGAGAGCAAUCUUGUUGAACUUGGAAUGAUGAGACAAUCUGAAUGGGUACUGGAUGUUCAGCGUAGCGCUCAAGUGGUUUCUCACUUCUUCGUCUUGACUACGUAUCGGCUGCUCUGGUAUGAUGUAGCAAGUUUCACUUCAUCCACGCGUGAGUCGCGAGUGCCGCUUCGCCCGCGAUUAACAUGGCGUCAUUUUCGCGACCCCGAGGAUACGACGUUGCGAAUGACAGAUCUGAUGGAUGGAACCGAUCUACAUAUGGUCCUCUAUUCCAGGCUCACCGAGCUAGUUCAAGUCUUCCCCUGCCCAUUUUCUGCAGACGACCCUACCGAGGGGGUCCCACUACCUGAUCCGUUUAUGCUGGAUGUCCCAGCCCUCAUUCAGGCUUCUUUUACCGGAGAAGAAACGCCUGUGCACUACUCAACGUUGAAUUUCCGUGAGAUUGAAUACUCGACUAUGACGAUGACCAAGUCAGACUACAAUCCCAAUAUGAGACUCGCGAAGCUAUUCUGGAUGGACUCCUCUUAUUCUGUGCAUGAGAGCCUUUUCAGACUUCCGGACGGGCAAUCCUCGGCCGAGGGCGAAGCCGAGAUGGCCCUUGAAGCCAGCAAGGUUCUUCGACUCAAAAAGCGUCAUCACCUCGUGCGAGGAAAGCAGGACGUCACUGAUGAGGAUUUCAUCGUGGACGACUGGGAUGAGGCCGUGGCCCCCCCGCUUGCUGCUAUGCACCAACAGCUAGCAAGUGAUACGGAGCUAGAUCUCCAAUGGACUUUGGACCUGACUUCGAUUUACGAGUCUGCGGUAGCCAAGCUCGCAAUUGGUAGGAGUCCGGAAGUCUCUCACUGCACGGGGUCAACAUUUGAGCAUCUGCUCGAGAGAUUGAAAGAUCCGGCCGGUCAACUAGAAUGGACAAGCUCCGAGACAUUACUUGAGCUUAACAACGGUCGGCCGGUUCUCGAGGAUAUCGAUGACACCGCCCAUCACCUGUCCGAAUUGUUUGCUGCUAUGAGCCCGGAAAACGCUCCGACGCAGGCCCGCUUUCAAUAUUUGGUUCUGCCCAGCAAGAUUUCAUCUGUUCUGCAUGGCAUGCCGUUUUCCCACCAAUUGGACACAUUGGAUUCUCUAGACUUCCUGGGCACAUACGAUCGUCUUGUGGAAGAGUGGGUGAGCAGCAUUCCUGCUAGUAUACCUCAUUUCACCCGUGUCAUGAAAGAGCGAAUCGUUCGUGGAAUUGCUCUCGAACUUCUCCUUUCCCGCGUCGUUCGCGUUUCCAAUGUGGCCGUAGUCCAAGAGCCAACAGAGACUGUCGACCGAGAAGACACCAAUCGGUCUGUUGCCGAGGAACCCGCGUCCUCACAGACUUUCACUUCAGCGUUAUUGUCGUCUCAAGUUCCCAGCAGUCAAAUCACCAUGGCAGGAGCCCCAACCGCCCCGGCAUCAUCGGAGAAUGUCCCUGUAGGAGCCUCAACUCCCCUAUACAGUGCACUCUCUGCCUUUACGACAUUCAAAAAGCCUCGAGCAAUGGCUCGCAAUGUUGCGAAUUUGUUGUCCCACUGGGAAGUUGGUGUCGACCCCUCUGCUUAUGAAUGGCAGCAGACGUCAAGUAGAAUCGAAGGGGAAGAAGCACGGCGUCUUGGUGGAUCUCAUUUACCAAGGCGAAGCCGGUCACGACGGAAAUCACAGCAACCACCUUCGUCGCAAGGGUCCAACCUGCCGGAUACCCCUGUGGCGCCGUUCAUUCGGACCUGGGGCAGUCAGCCUGCAGAUGCCCUUCCAACCAUUCCUGUCCCCAGCAGCCAGCCGACCCUUGAUGAACUGCCCAUGACACAAAUGGAACGUGGACACUUUGGCGCACGUGAAGUAAAGAAGGGUCCCAAGGCGAAGAAGAAGCGGCGGGCCGCUGGGUUCUAA